ACUUCCACCGCUACCAGCACAUCCACUACAACAGAUACCAGUACAACAACAAGCCAAACAACCUCCACCAGUACCAGUACUACCUCCACAGCUACAGCUGCGAGCCAAACGACUUCUACUUCUACUAGCACGUCGACCACCAGUGCUAUUUCCACCGCUACCAGCACAUCCACUACAACAGAUACCAGUACAACAACAAGCCAAACAACCUCCACCAGUACUAGUACUACCUCCACAGCUACAACUGGGAGCCAAACGACUUCCAUCAGUACUAGUGCUACUUCAACAACUACAAGUACGAGCGCAAGUACUUCAACUACAACUACCACCGGAACAACAUCCACAACUACUAGCACGGCUACUAGCCAAACCACUACCAGUUCUACGAGUACAUCCACAAGUCAAACGACUCCUACGAGCACUACUACUACCACAACUGAUACAAUCACUAGCACAAGCACUUCAACUACGACUACCAGUCAAGCAAGCUCCACCACUACUAGCACCAGCACAACUACAAGCCAAACAACGGCUACUACUGCUACUACAAAAACCACUGAUACAACAUCGACGUCUACUAGCAUUUCUACGACAACCACAACUGCCACAGUAUCGACUACGUCCAGUACGUCUACCACAUCGAGUAGUCAAACUACUGCUACUUCUACUAGUACGAGUACAUCGACAACUCACACAACAUCCACCACAGCUGCUACGUCCACUACAACUACGUCCGAGACAAGUGCUAGCACCAGUACUUCUAGUACCACUCCAACGACAUCUACUAGUUCCACCACAAGUACUUCCUCUACUUCUACUAGUAGCGCUACCACGAGUGUUACUAGUACUAGCACUUCUACUACUACGACCGAAACAGUGUCCACUGCUACCAGUACUUCCACUGCAAGCACAUCAGCUACAUCGACGAUCCAGACAACGUCUACUACGUCCAUUUCAACUUCUUCCUACACAGGUAGUACCACCACUACUUCAACGACGAUCACCAGUCAAACAACCUCCACAACUACUAGCUCGACCACAAGUCAAACAACGUCUACUAGUGCUACUACUACAACUGCCCAAACCACAUCGACGUCUACUACUAGCUCUACGACAACCACAACGAAUACAGCGUCGACCACUUCAAGUACGUCUACUACAUCAACAAGCCAGACUACUUCUUCCAGUUUGUCGACUACUACAAGUGUUACAAGUACUAGCACUAGCACUAUCAGUCAAACAACAUCCACUAGUACUAGUACGUCUACUAGCCAAACAACCUCUACUACUAGCUCUACGACAACCACAACGAAUACAGCGUCGACCACUUCAAGUACGUCUACUACAUCAACAAGCCAAACUACUUCGUCCAGUUUGUCAACUACUACAAGUGUUACAAGUACUAGCACUAGCACUACCAGUCAAACAACAUCCACUAGUACUACGUCGACCACUUCAAGUACGUCCAGUACAUCAACGAGUCAAACAACGUCUACGACUUCUACGACCUCCACUACUUCUACAACAUCACAGCAGCAGUACCAGCACCACAAGUACAACCAGCUCAUCGUCGUCGACAUCUUCGAGUUCUGUGACAAUAGCAACGAGUACGACUAGCACGAGCACUGCGUCGAAUCAGAAUGUAUCGACAUGUGUGGAAACGUUUUCUAUUGGUAAUACUAAUCUGUUGCUAACCUGUCCGUCAAAUACAAGUAUGUUGGUGUUACCAAUCAAUGGGUACUCGAUGAGUACGCGGAACGGUAUAAGAACACUUACAGUUCAAGGUGCAAAUGGCAAACGAGGACCGCUAAGCACUAUUCCACCAAAUAUAUGCUUCUUACCAAAUUUAUUGGAAUUGAAUGUCUCAUACAAUAGUCUCACCCGAUUGGAUACCUCGUUUUUUUCGUCGAAUCCAUCAUGUCUGAGCAAUCUGCAAAAACUUAAUGCUGAUCAGAACCUUAUAACUGAGUAUCCAUCGGAUUUUCUAACACAUACACCCAACCUUCAACGACUUUUACUACCAAACAAUCAGUUAACAUCGUUCGAUCUUGCAUCGACUGUUCUUGUCGAUACUGCAGUUGAUUUAUCGAAUAAUCAAAUAUCGAAAAUAACAAACAAUGCAAAUAUCAAUAUAUCAAAAUAUUCAAAUCCAUACUACACAGCGAUUGAUUUAAGUAAUAAUAGUGCAGUCAUCGAUGUAUCGGAUGCUCUUUUUGAAAUGUAUGGAGCUUGUUACGAGGUGAUCCAAGCAUUCAAUUCAAGUGCUGCUUCAGCUACUCCAGUAUUGACCAUCAGUCUGUUGAACAUCGAUUUCGGUACAUCGAGAAUCAACUGCAGUUGCAGCCAAUAUUAUCUCGAGCGAAGUCUCCUAUCAACAUUUCGAAGUAAUCUUAUUUCUUCGGAUCCAUUAUCAAAUACUAAAUGUCUCGAUGGAUCACUGUUUUACAACAAUACCAAUAUUUUACAAUGUUCGAAUUCAUCUGCUACAUUCACCAACUCUGUUCCACGUCUCUGUAUAAUAAAUCAAAACAAUACAGGUGUUAUCUACACGAAUACAACUGAUAAUUCUACAAGUACACAAACAUAUCCUUAUUAUCUCACCCAAAGUUCAAAUAGCACGUACUGUAUGUACACAUUCUAUUCUGAUGGCAUCAAAGCGGCAAUUAAUUGUGUAGAUGGUUCAAAUAAUUUGACAGAAAUUGCACCGGCAAUUUUAACAAAUAAAUAUUUCCAAAACAUUUCACAAGUUGUUGUGAAUAAUCAAAAUUCAAUAUCAGAAUUGCCAUCCUAUCUAUGUUCAUUGCCAUCAGCACGAAUCGAUCUAUCCAAUCAAUCGUUUGUCAUCCUAGAUAAAGACACAUUUCCAUGUUCAACAUACAAUACGCUUCAAUACAUCAAUUUGACUGACAAUCCCAUUUCUUUUGUCAACUUAACCUAUACAAAUUGGACAGUUUUCGAUUUGUCAUCGAAUAAUCUUACACAAUUACCAUACACAUUAUUAAAUGUAAAUCAAAGUUCCAUUCAACCAAGAGACUCAACAUCGCGAACUCUAGAUGUGUCAUCUAAUCAAAUUUCUCAACUGGAUCUAUUUGCAUACACAUAUCCAUCGACAAGUAUUAACUUAGAAAGCAAUUCCUUUACAAAAACGACGAAUGGCUAUAACGUUAUUAAAAAUGUUCAACAAAAAUCGCUACGCAGUGGUCCGGUCUCUUCAAAUGUCGAUCUACCAAGUCAAUCGCGUUUUCUUGUUAACGAUCAAUUAGCACAGAAUUACAACACAUGCGACAGUCGAACAUUGAUUAAUCUAAUCAAUAUUCUGCAAUAUAUGAAAAAUGAUGGUGUUACAGUUGAACUCGAAUGUCAAUGCUCAUCGAUUUACCUGAGCGAAUAUCUACUUUUGUAUAAUUCAUCGGACAAACUUACAAGUCGAUUUUCAUGCAGUAAUACAUCCAGUUUAAAUCAAGCACAGUUCGACAGUUUAGCAGAAAGUGACUGUUUGAAUAAUAUUACUUUAUCAUCCGAUCGACUUUGUCAAUUUGCAAGUCGUGUUUCUCUCGCUGCAAGUUCGCCAUCGAGUGAUAAUGGUCGUUUAUUAGCAAUUAUUCUCGGUUCAAUUCUCGGUUCCAUUGCAUUUAUUGCCCUACUUGCACUUCUUAUCUGUUGUCUUUGUCGAAAACGUAAAAAGUCGCCUGAAAAAUCGAGCAUGACCGUGAUGUCGAGACCUCCAGUUGGAGGAAAUGCUUCCCACGAUGGCUAUGCAGCAGCACGAAGUCUCCAAUCACCACCACAUCAUGUGGCCGCUCAUGAUUUCCGCCUUAGUGCUGUCUCAGAAAACCUUCCCGAAAUAGGAGAAUAUUCGUUAAGUCGACAUGAACCAAUCUACAUUCGAGAUUCAAUCGACUCAUUGCAACAAGAUGUGUUCGAGCAACGUGAACGUAAUCGACAAUUACGCCAACCUCCAAUUGAUUAUGACACUAGUAGAAGCUUCCGUCAUUUGGACAAUCCUUCGCCGAAUUCAUCGUAUACCUAA